GAGAACUCAACUUAACCUCUAUCCCCUGUUACUAAAGCAGUAACAGUGUGCUGCUGUAAUCAUGCUCAAAGCAAUAAACAAGACAGAUCUCCGGCAGCUGUCUGGUCUGCUUCAGAGGUUUCAGAGUACUCUGGUAGUUGCCGAGCACAAUAAUGAGACGCUGACCCCCAUCACCCUGAAUGCCAUCACUGCUGCUACGAAACUUGGCAGUGAUGUGUCCUGUUUGGUUGCUGGAACAAACUGUGCAAAGGUUGCAGAGCAGUUGUCCAAAGUUCAAGGGGUGAAGAAAGUUCUGGUAGCUCAACAUGAAGCCUACAAAGGUUUAUUGCCAGAGGAGCUGACGCCUCUCAUCCUGGCAACCCAGAAACAGUUCAGCUUCACACACAUCUGUGCGGGAGCUUCUGCUUUCGGAAAGAAUCUCCUUCCAAGAGUGGCUGCCAAGUUGGAUGUGGCUCCCAUUUCAGAUAUCAUUGAGAUCAAAUCUCCAGACACCUUUGUGAGGACCAUUUACGCUGGAAAUGCCCUCUGCACAAUCAAGUGCAAUGAAAGCGUCAAGGUCUUCACCGUCAGAGGCACUUCCUUUGAACCUGCGGCUGUGGAGGGGGGCAGCGCCUCUUCAGAGGAAGUCUCUCCGUCUGCCCCUGUUGGGGUCUCUGAGUGGCUGGAACAAACUCUAAGCAAGAGUGACCGUCCAGAACUCACCAGUGCUAAAGUCGUGGUGUCUGGAGGGAGGGGCUUGAAGAACGGCGAGAACUUCAAACUGCUCUACGACCUCGCCGACAAGCUGAACGCAGCCGUCGGUGCCUCCAGAGCUGCAGUUGACGCUGGUUAUGUCCCCAACGACAUGCAGGUUGGACAGACUGGAAAGAUUGUGGCUCCUGAGCUGUACAUUGCGGUUGGCAUCUCUGGAGCGAUCCAACAUCUUGCUGGAAUGAAAGAUAGCAAGACCAUCGUGGCCAUCAACAAGGACCCAGAAGCCCCCAUCUUCCAGGUGGCUGACUAUGGCAUAGUGGCAGAUCUGUUCAAGGUUGUACCUGAGUUGACCGAAGCCUUGAAAAAGUGAGACGACUCAGGAAGACGGUAGUCACCUGGAGAACUUCAGUAGGAGCCUGCCUUAAGAAGCUCAGAGCCAACACUCCACUGAUGGUCUCCUCCUGAAUGUGAUUUUCCUUCAGAACACCUAUAUGUACUUACAAUAGCUAAUGUAAACAUUAAACCACUUAUUUUAAUGAAACACAAGCCUGACACUU